AUGGUUUUCUUCUCUCGUGUAUGCAAUGUAAGUUUGUUUUGUGCCUGCUUCUUGUUUUAGGUUUCCUGUUGAGGAGCAUGUUAUUAUGAGGCUGUAUGUAGACUGAGAGAAUUCACUGGAUGGACAGAUACUUUAAUUUUUUAUGAAAGAUCAAUCCAAUCCUGUCGAUUUCUAUCUGGUUGAUAUUUUUAAGCCGAUUUCAAGUUGUAAUUGCGUUUGUUUUCAGCGACUUUCUGGUCUGAAACCGUUGUUCGACCGAGUGAUCAUCGAGCGUGCUCUUCCUGAAACAAAAACCAAAGGAGGAAUUAUGAUCCCCGAGAAGGCCACCGGAAAAGUUUUGGAAGGUACGGUUGUUGCUGCCGGUCCCGGAUAUCGUGCCGAAAAUGGGCAAACCGUUCCAAACUCGCUAAAGGCCGGCGACAAAGUACUUUUACCCGAAUAUGGAGGAUCCAAGAUCACCCUCGAAAACCAAGAAUACUAUAUCUACAGAGAGCAGGAUAUCGUGGCCAAGAUUGAGUCUUAA